UAGGUUUGAGAAAAUCUCGAAAGAUGGCACUAGCAUAGCUAUUUUUCCGGAUAUUGUUAGCUGUGGGUUAAACGUGCCAGUGGCGGAUGUUAUUGAUUUGUUUUGGAUGGCGCGAAGUGAUGCAAAACAAUAAUUCUUAUCGCGAAUUAUCGUUACGGAACAUAAAUGAUAACCUAAGUAAUUAUGUCAAAAAGAGGACUAGCUAGCGGUAGGACGGAAUAUUUAGAAGUUGGUGAAUUUAACUAUUCAUGGCCUGGAGAAAAUGGAACACUUCAUGACUUUGGUUCGGUGAAUUACACAAUGCCAUCAGGACCAUGGUACUGGCCCUGGUGUCCUCUAUGGAGGGUACCGCAGCACCCGCUUUUUCAGCUUUCCAAUAUGCUAUUCGUAGCAUCGUACUGCGCUCCGAGUACCAAGAAAGGGCAGCUUUGGAUGCACACAAUCUUGAUUUUCGCCUUCAUGCUGUACUCUAUCUGGGCCUGGCACGUCAUCUGCUCCCCUGACGCGUUCUCUUGGAACUUCGGCUUCGUGUUUCUCAACCUGGCGCAGGUUGUGUACCUCGUAUAUGAGAUGCGGCCCGUCAAGUUUGAUCCUGAGCUGGAAGAAGUUUAUCACACGUUGUUUGAGCCUUUUAAGGUAUCACGACUACAAUUCAAGCGAAUGGUGUCACCCGACUUUGCCCAUGUAAUGUCUCUCCAUGCGGGGGAGGCCUACGCCAUGCAAAACCUUACGAAGACCGACAGACUUGGCUUGUUGUUGGCUGGCAAGGUCAACGUGAUGAGCGGACACCAGUUCCUUCAUCCGAUCCUUCCCUGCGAGUUUUUGGACUCUCCGGAGUUUGAGUCCAGUCGGGCUACUAUUGAUGAAAAAUUUAAGGUAUCCAUUGUAGCCGCAUCCUCCUGCCGCUACGUCUACUGGCAACGCAGUUCCCUAGAAUACCUCUUCGUAAAAGAGCCAUACCUAGCUUCCGUCAUAACAACCCUUAUAGCUCGGGACAUAACAACGAAGUUAUACGCAAUGAAUAAUAAAAUUGUGACAGAUAGAGGCUCACAUCUGGAUAUACGGUUACCAAGUAUAUCCCACGCUUUGGCUAGAAGUCCUAGAAGGUUUAAAGCGGUAAAUCGGCCACCUCCACCGACCACAGUUCAACCAGUGCCACCGGAGAAAAAACCAACCUGCUGGAUCCGCAACGACCGCGCCGACACCCGGCGCGACGGCUCCGAGUACUCCGGCGAUGAAGAACUAAUGCCCCUAGCAGAGCACGAGGCGCCCGCGGCAUCGUCUGAUGACCUGUCAGUUGCUGAAAGCUGUCCAGACACUUCCUCGAAGUACCAUAGUUGUGAGGCUGUGGAAACUGAUGAUGAAUUGAGACACUAGUCCUACUUUCCAUUUUUUUGCCAUAAUUUUUUGUGCUAUAAUCACUGAUGCCUCUAGCGGAUAGCGAAGCCUCGCAGCAUCAUCUGAUGACUUCUCUUUUCCAGAAAUCUGUCCAAAAAUUACCUCCGAAUACCACAGCUGUGGAGCUGUGGAAACUGAUGAUGAGUUGAGACAUUAGUCUUCCUUGUUUGAUUUUACUUCCUUAUAAAUCUAAGGAAGGCUUUGAUAUUAUUAUUUUUGCUAAAGUCACUGAUGUCCCUAGUUGGACACGGCCCCCCUGCGAGCUCCUUUGAUAACCCCUCAAUUUCUGAAAAUUAUCGAGACACAUCUUCCAAGUACCAUUGCUGAUGAAACUGAUGAUGAAUUGAGACACUCGUCUUCCCUUUAGUCAUUAAUUUAUCUGCUGCUCUCACAUGAUGCCUAUAACUGAACAUAAAUACUCUAUGGCAUCAUCUGAC